GAUGCCACCGAUCACGCUGUUGGAUAUUUACCAGUACAGAAAGAUGACGGCUCAUUUGAAGCUCCCUGUGGAUAAUCGGGACGGUAUCGAGCUGGAGGAAAUAGAGGACCAUGAGUGGGACGGCAGCAUCCCUAAGCUAGUCACGGAUCAUCCACCCAGGAAGAUGGCGGGCAAGCUGGUCAGCGGGGCGUGCAGGCUGAGCGCCAUAUCGGAGAAGGAGCCGGAGCAGCCGGACCUCGCCCCCCCUUCCCGUGAGGCCCCGGGCGGCCGUGAAUGGGCUGGAACCAGCUUCUCCGUUGGUUCUGACAAGCUCAAGAGCAGCAGCAGCAGUGGUGACUUCUCCUUGGAAGACUCGUGCCAGGCUGGCAGUGGAGACGCGUGUGCAGCACUUCUUCUCGCCUGCCUGCACUGUCGUUUUCACGAGUUCGUGGUCCUGCUGUUGGAUGCGUGCGAGCUGGCCGUGGGUCGCUGCUUCCCCUUGUACAAAUACGUCGCCGCAGCCAGUGACCAGCAGGGAAGCGACUGCUGCAACUACAACCUGGAGAUGGACUGCAACUGCUGCGGCUCCUGUCAGGACGCGGGAGAACUCAUCGAGCUGGCCAUGGAGAUGUCGGAGGUCUGCUAUCGCUGA